AUGUCGUCAACUCAAGAGCCCGAACCUCCAGCCCGCAACAGCGAAGCGCAAGCUCCCCUCGACACCGCGACGGCGAAUCCAGAGCUCGAUCUUCCGAAGCUCCAAUCUCUUCCCGCCGAGCAACAGGACCUCUAUCUACUUACCUUUGUGUCGAGCCUGACAAAACAUGUUCUGGGCUUAGAAGCGGACGACUGCACAGCGCAGCAGUUCUAUCUAAAGAAGGAGAUCUUCCAAAUCAUCAACCUUGCAUCACCGCAACCUUCUCGAGUCAUACGAAAUAACUUGGGAAAGUGUUUGGCGCAUAUCUUUGGGAUUGGAGAUAGAAAGCUUUUGUUCGAGACGAUCAACGACUUGGUCGCGCUUGUAUCUAGCGGAAAGACGAAAACAGAGGCAGACAUACGGACAAAGCAUGCUGCUGUCGUCUGUUUAGGAGAUGUGUUUGCUUCUGCUGGCGAUAGCGCCAUUGGGCUGCACCAGCUUGGUUGCUCGUCAUUGCUCAAGCUCCUCAAAGCUUCGUCCAACCACGCCGGACUUCGAGCGGCAUGUCUUACCGCGCUUGGGAAGAUCGUUGGCAUGAUAGAAAGCAGCAUGGACGAGACGGUUGCUCGUGAUAUCUGGAAACAAGGACGAAACCAUGCAUCAUCAGACAAGGGUCACCUCGUUAUCGCCUCUGCUUGUCGGGCUCUUAAGGCGCUAUUCAAGCAUACGCCUUACUUCUUGAACUCGAGCGACUUUGACAAACUUGAGAGCGCGAUUUCCAAAGCGUUCGACUCCCCUUCUACUCAGGUACGGCAGGCUGCUGCAGAGUGCUUUGCUGAAGCUUUGUUCCAAGGGCAUUCGGAAGGUGGCCUUCCUGAAGUUGCAUCCCCCAAGGGUAAAAAGACCAAAAAGGCGCUGAAGCGUCAGUCUACGAUCCCUAACAUCGCCGACGACGAACUGGAUAUUCCCUCUAGAUCAGCGAGUCCAGCUCCAUCAGGCAGACGCAGUCAAGUUCUGGCUUUGACUCUUUCAGACAUCUUAAAGAACUUGGCUUCACAGUACACCAAAUCAACAGCCUCCAACAGGACUCGAGCAGCCAUUGGUAUAUGCUAUGGUAAGCUUUUCAGACGACUUGGAGAGAAGCUUGUCGAAACAAACUAUCUCAAAAUCGUCGAAAGUCUCACAAUCGAUGUUUUGGGCUACCCCACAAUUGCCAAUAAUCGUUAUCGCCUCUUGAUUUCGAGAAAGAUCGUGGAUGUUGUCAUUCAAGAUGUUAUUGGCCGCAAGAUCCUGGGUGAAUCCGGUCAAAUAUCGGCUGCCAAAACACUGAUUAACAAUAUCUUCAAGAAUUAUCCCCAGGCAUUGACCGAGCGGCCAGAGCCUUCCAAGCACACUCUGAUCGCAACGCUGAGCGCUGUCUCGUCACUUAUCCAGUCUCUGGGCUCGGCCGCAAACAGCUUUGCAGAGCCUUGUAGAGAUGGUCUCUUGCAAGUCUUGCAACACCCUAGUUAUACUGUUCAAGUCUUUGCAUCCCACUGCAUGAAAACCUUAGUCCUCGCUUGCCCCCAGCAGCUUCUUCCUUGUCUUUCGGUUUGUAUGAACAGUCUCAACCGAGAGCUAUCUCAACUCGGAUCUGGUCGCAACUCCCCGAGAAGAUGCAUUGGAUUUGCACACGGGCUUGCCGCCACCUUGAGCGCGAGUCCUGCCCGUCCUCUGCAUGGAUCUGUUGAAAUAAAUAGUCGCGUUUUGACUAUUGCGACUAACAUGUUGAAAUCGAGCAGUCAGGCACAACUCCGCGUUGCAAGCACGCAAAUUCAGGUCGCCUGGAUUCUUAUUGGAGGCUUGAUGUCCUUGGGCCCAAACUUCGUCAAGAUUCAUCUCUCUCAGCUACUCUUGCUAUGGAAGAAUGCUCUCCCCAAGCCCUUAGCCAAAGAUAACACGUCAGCCAGAAGCUUCCUUGAGGUCUCCUUUUUGACGCACGUACGAGAGUGUGCAAUGGGCUCAAUACUGGCGUUCCUGGAGUUUAAUAGCCGUCUCUUGACCGUGGAUGUGUCAAAGAGAAUCGCUACCAUGCUUCAGAACACGACAGCCUUCUUGCGGACUCUCCCUUCCAAGAAAAACUCCGACGACGUCAACCAGAGACUGGCUCCUUCUUUGCAGCUUUCGGAUCUCGAAAUGAUGGUUCAGCGAAGAGUCUUGCAGUGUUAUGUGAAGCUUGUUAACCUCAGCCCGGCGGGUGGAAGCGAGGCUCUUUUGCAGUCAAACCUCUUAACGCUUGCGAUCUCCUUGUUUGCUGAUCCUGAAAACUACGCGCCCAAUUCUUUGAGUGCCUCGAUCGCCAAUGCGGCUGCUACGUUUGAGUCUGUCUGGGAUGUAGGCGACAACUCUGGGUUUGGUAUUACUGGACUUGUUGCUGGACCUCGUGUGCGAAAGCUUCCUGGGCAGCAAGAAAACUCCGAUGAUCACAAGGAUGAACUCGAUAGCCCCGAUGACACGAUAAACAAUCUACUUCGCUCGCCGAUUUGUGGUAGCCUGGAACACGACGCUUCUGUCCUGUAUAUCGGAAGUGCCGAUCAUUCUUCGACAACUCCUGAUCCUCCCGCCACAGAGGUUAUUAAUGCGGCUAUUCAACUGUUCGCAUUCGCAUUCCCACUCACUCCAGGCAAGGUUCAGGAGAGUAUUUUGGAACAGAUUCGAACCUUCGCGUCCGCUGGUACGCUCAUCAGAGAUCCAGGGCGCAAGGCUGCUAUGAAUGCCAAUCUGGCAGCUGCCAUUCUGGCUACAAUGAGGGUGGCUGUAAAGGAGACGAGAUCACCUUCUGGUGAUGUUUCAAACCAAGCCGUUGAAGCAUUGUUGCAGGACAUUGUUCGCGAUUUUGUUCUUGACCCAGAUGAACAUGUUAGAAGUCUGGGCUACGCUGCUACGGCCCGCCUAUGCAACGUGUAUGGAAAUGCAUUCACAAACAACGAAAUCAAGUAUCUUGUUGACACUAUUGUCGGAAAUCGUGAGCCUAGUGCAAGAGCGGGCUGUGCUAUGGCACUGGGCUCAAUUCAAACUCAAGUUGGAGGUAUGGCUGCUGGAUACCAUCUCAAGACUAUUCUUGGUAUUUUGAUGUCUCUCUGCAAUGAUCCCCAUCCAGUGGUUCAUUUCUGGGCCCUCGAGGCGCUAUCGUUGGCCUCGGACGCUUCGGGACUCAGCUUUGCCGGCUACGUACCAAGCACUCUGGGAAUGCUUGUUCAGCUUUACGUUUCCGAGACUCAUCAUGCUGAGAUUUCGUCUGCGAUAACCAUGAAUCUUGAAAUGGAUCUAUCCACAACAUCUGCUAUUGCACGAUGCGUUGAUUCGCUUAUUAACGUCUUGGGUCCAGAUCUACAGGAUGCCUUGAAGUCACGAGAACUCAUAUUCACUCUUGUGAACAGAUUCCGCGAGGAAGAUGAUUUGCUAGUACAAAGGGCAGCGCUUGGCUGUUUUGAGCAUUUGUCUCUCUACGCUCCCGGACAUAUGCACUUCGCCGAGUACGUCAAACUUCUUCAAACAUACCUCAUGUCUGAAUCUACUACCUUACGGGAUGUAUCGGUAGAUGGAAUACACAACAUGAUGAAGCGAAAUCCUCAAGACGUCCUACGCGAAGCAGAGAAAGGAUUCGAGGAACAGUUAUGGCUUGUGCUCGAUACGGUGCCAUCUCAUGAUGGCAUCCGUAAUAUCAUCCGCAACUGGAUGUACUCCACGUGUCUUGCAGAGACAAAUGUCUGGCUUCAGCGAUUUCAAGCGGUUUUGAAAAUGACAAGGGCCAGGCCUAAGAAUGAAGAGGCCCAAUCUAAACCCAAAGGUGGUGGUUUACCGGAUCUGCAAGAUGAGGAGGUUGCUGGUUUUGCUGCGGCGGCUGGCGCUGCCAAGGACGAGAAGGAGACCAAGGCAACUUCUGAGGUUGAACCUCUGCGGUGGCAGGUCACCACUUUUGCGCUGGGCUGUAUCGAUGAAAUGUUUGCCAUCAUUACCAAGGACGUUACUGCCAAUGGAGAGUCUAAAGCACAGAACGAUCUUCAAAGUAAAGUUGCUGAUGUUGUGCGCAUGGCCUUCUCUGCAUCAACCUCAAGUGUCUUGGAGCUUCGGAUCUGGGGCCUGAAGAUCAUAGGAGACGUGUUGAAGAUGUUUGGCAAAACACCUGAUCCAGACUUUGAUGAGGCAAUGUUGCUGGAGCAGUAUCAGGCCCAGAUUAGCUCGGCCCUUACCCCGGCCUUUGCUGCCGAUUCAUCGCCUGAGCUCGCUUCAGAAGCUGUUAAUGUCUGCGCCAGCUUCAUCUCUAUCGGUAUCGUCACCGAUGUAGAUCGCAUGGGCAGGAUUCUCAAGACUCUUGUCAGUGCUCUGGAGAACUUCUCCAAGGACAGCGAGAACGCUUCAAUUGGCGACCUUAAGAGCCUUAGUUCCAAUGCGCAGGUGAUGGUAAAGAUCUCCGUUUUCUCUGCCUGGGCGGAAUUGCAGGUAGCAAGCUCCGAGCAGCAUUAUCUAUUGGAUGUCCUCAGACCUCACAUCGGUACCUUGACCCCCUUGUGGUUGGAGUCAUUGCGCGAGUUUGCGCGUCUUCGGUUUGAGCCUGACAUCUCCAUGACUCUCGGACCCCCUUCGUUAUCCGGAAGUCUCGACAGCAUCUACGCUGCUCUGAACCGCGAGACGUUACUGCGAUUCUACCAAGACGCUUGGCUGAAGUUGGUGGAUGCCAUUGCUAGCCUGAUUGAGCAAGACAGCGAAUUUGUGUUUGAUGCUUUAGAUGGUAAAGAAUCAGAUGGCCCUGCGACCAGCGGUAAAGGCAAGAACUCUGACAUCAACUACCGGGACGAGCCUGUGGCAUUCUUCUUUGUCUUGUUCGGUCUCGCCUUUGAAGCACUUGCCACUCGCUCUGGGCAAAGCGACUCCCUCGCAGCACACGACCAGACACUGGCCAUCUUGCAAGCCCUCAAAAAGAUUCUGCAUCCCAGCGUGUCUGGUCAUGCUAUCUACAGGCCAGAUGUGUUCUCCGAGACAAUGGACCUACUAGACCGUUUAGUACUUACCGAAAGCCUAGAUAUCCAAGGUGUGAUCGUGGAGAUUGCUAGAAGUCUAUGCAUUGCACACCCUUCCGCCAGGCGGCACGCCAAUGAGGAGGGUGACUUGUCUGAUGAUAUUGAUCAACUCUUUGAGCUUACACGCAUCAUCGUUUUGGUUCUUGCGGGCCUCUUGCCCAAUCUCUCAGAAGGAAACCAACCGGCUCGGCACCAGAUGAACGAGGAGGCUAUCCUACUGAUACGGUCAUCUCUGAAUGCGCUCGUGGACGCGGCAGAGGUCUUCCCAGUCAUCAUCAAGACAGAUUUGCAUGCAUGUAUCGUGCACAUCUUUGCCACGAUUUUGUCAACCCCUGGGUGUCAAGAGCUCAUAGCCCCGCAGUCUUUACCCACGUUGAAGCGCUUCGUUGGCAGCAUGUCCAAGUCUCGAAGAAGUCAUAGCAACGGUGAGCCGUCUUCUACAGAUAUCCAACUGCAAGGAUGCCUGCGUAGAUUCCUCUCCAUCUACCUGAACGCACAGAAGCGUGAAGCGCCCCAAUCUCUCACGUGCGUCAAGAACUGCCUGAUGGCCACGACCAUCCUGUUCACCGGAGGUCAAAAUCACCUACCAGCUUCGGAGGCUCUUGUAGCACGUUAUUUGGACGAGUUGAUGGACUGCCUUACUGAUCGAAUGACUGCCAAAAUUGCGGCCAACUGCAUCAGAUCCAUUCUUCUUCAGCCAUCAUCGACUGGUGCUGAUCUCAGCAUUGCUCGCUAUUUGUUCCCUAAACUAGUAGCCUUUGUAACUGAUACGGACCCUGAAGAUCCCGAAAAUGCUAGGGCCCUGGUUGCCCACACGCUGUGUCAAUAUGCGGCUGCAGUCGACAACAGUCGACGAUUGGCGGCCAUCACAGUGGUGGUACCAACUUUAAUGGCGCGGGCUACAGCUGAAGGGGAGGAGGUUUACCAAGAGACUAGCGCACGACUACUGGAGCUCGCGGCAACAGAUCAGGAGAUGUUCAGAGCGGUGGUUGGCGGCAUGAGUGCUGGACAGAAGGGAUUUCUCGAGGAGGUUAUCCGAUUUGGCCGUCAGAAUACAGGUUCAGUGAGCCAGGCGGCCGCAGGGGAUUCUGGACAGCCAAGCAUUGCGUUGAAGAUGGAUUUCGGUGGUUGA